CAGAAAGUUUGUAUGUGAGGACUCUCAGGCGCGAUGGACGGUACUCAGUGACCAGUCUGCUCAUAACCCGAAGAAAUCAAUCUCCAGCGUUUGAGCAUCAACCAAUUCCCCGCAACUCCGAAUUUGAAUCCUUCGGCGCUGGGACCAUGCAUGACGAACGAAUGGCGUAUGGGACAGCUGAAAAAAUGUCCCCAUGGGUUUGGUCUUACUAUCAAUACUUCUUGCGUGGAAGUUGAUAGUUGUCGGCAAUGGAACUGGUUAUUCAUCUAUUAUUACUUGUCUUUGGUAGUAUCAAGGCAAGAUGCGCAUCGUUUGACUACGUGAUUGCCGGCGCCGGUACCAGCGGGCUUGUGCUUGCGAACCGGCUCUCUGAGGACCCGAAUGUCAGAGUUGCCGUCAUUGAACCGGGCCACGAUGUCCGCAACAACCCCAAUGUUACCGACGUGGGCGCUUUCCUUCGCGCCUUCGAUACCGACAUCGAUUGGCAAUACACUACAACACCACAGCCGGGGGGUAAUAACAAGUCAAUCCCCUUUCAUGCUGGUAAAGCAAUUGGUGGAACUAGCACAAUCAAUGGCAUGACUUACAUCCGAGGCGACAAAGCCCAAUUCGACAUUUGGGACUCCCUUGGAAAUGAUGGUUGGAAUUGGGAUGCACUAUAUCCAUACAUGAAAAAGAUUGAGAAAUUCUCGCCGCCCACCACAGCUCAGCUAGCCGCUGGUGCUAGCUUCGAUCCACAGUAUCAUGGUGAAGAUGGCUUGGUGAAGACAGGCUACCCCUUUCGACUCAUUAAUGGAACUCUCCAUAGGCUGGCUCAACAGGCUUGGGAUAUUUUGGGCUACCCUUUGAAUCCGGAUGUGAAUGGUGGGAAGGUACGUGGGUUCAGCGUCUGGCCUCAAACAUUAGACAGAGACGCGAAUAUUCGAGAAGACGCCGCUCGGGCCUAUUACUAUCCUAUUGAAAAAAGACCGAAUCUUGAGAUCAUCGAGGGAACAGUAACGAAGAUAACAUGGGCUGAUUCAUUGACAAGUGGCGGUGCACUUGUAGCCGAUGGUGUUGAAUAUCAAGCCCCUGACGGGCAAAUAGCUGCUAUUGCGGCAACAAAAGAGGUCAUACUGUCCGCUGGGGCGCUGAGAAGCCCACUAAUACUUGAGCGUUCUGGGGUUGGAAAUCAUCGCAUCCUCGAAAAGUUUGGUAUUGAAACGAGGAUAGAUCUUCCGGCAGUAGGUGAGCACCUACAAGACCAGCCAAAUGUGUCACUCCAAUAUUCUUCAAAAAUCAAUAUCACUGGAACUGCCCCGUAUGCAACUUUUGCAACAGCUCAAGAUAUAUUCGGAAAUCAGACUGCUGCCGUAGCAGCAGCGACGGAAGCUAGCUUAUCUGAUUGGGCCAAGAAAAUCUCAGACGCGAAUAAUGGAAUCAACACGAGCCAAGUAGAAUCAAUCUUUCGCAUACAGCAUGAUCUUAUCUUCAAAGCCAAUAUCACUAUCGCCGAGACUCUAACGUCGGGUGGCGACAACGUUCUCGUUUCCGCAUUUUGGCUUCUGUUGCCCUUCUCCCGCGGCAGUGUGCAUCUAAGCUCGGCACAAGAAAUUAACAAUCCAUUAAUUGACCCGAAGUAUUUUCUGAUCGAUUUCGAUCUUGACCUUCAAACGAAGAUCGGGCGUCUAUCGCAAAACCUUUGGUACACGGGCCCUAUUGACGAUGUCGUUGUUACCAACUUGGUCCCCGGUGAGACCGAUCUGCCGCGCAACGCCACAGAUACUCAAUGGGCGACCUUCAUAGCGGAUUUCCUAACGCCGAACCAUCAUCCUAUCGGGACAGCCUCGAUGAUGUCUCGCGAGCUUGGUGGGGUGGUCGAUUCAAAGCUCAAGGUAUACGGCACGUCUAAUGUUCGAGUGGUAGAUGCAUCUGUGUUGCCGAUCCAGAUUAGCGGUCAUUUGACUGCCACGCUUUACGCUGUAGCCGAAAGGGCGGCAGAGUUUAUCAAGAACGUCUAGUAUAUUCCAUCUCAAAGGCUCAUGCGUGCGUACUACGCAUGUAGGUACCUGGGUAGGUACUAGGUAUAUAUAUACUAGGUACGUUGAGACCUAGUUAACCACCCGCGGUUCAUUUCAUCUCACCCAAGUGCAAAGUGCAAGACAUAUAUUGCAACGUUUUCUCUGGAUCGGUUCUUUCGUAUUGACUGUGCACCUGCAGGCCACCAUAUUCAUAUACACAUAGGCCAUGUAAAAUUAUACAAUUGAAUAGAGGGCCAGGUACAAAAUCGGUAUCAUUGUAUAUAUCCUGAUAUUCUUCCACCGACAAUGGAAGCUGUGGGAAUCUCUCAAAAUACGACCUAGGAUUUCUACGGUAUAGUAG